UCAGGUGGGAUUUUCGAACAAACAGAUGGACCUGUUUCACUUGUUAGUGCUGAGGAGCUUGCCUUUAAAUUUGCUGUCAAUAACAUUAACAGAAACAGGACUUUGUUGCCAAACACAACAUUAACAUAUGACAUACAGAGGAUUAAUAUCUACGACAGUUUUGAGGCGUCAAGAAAAGCUUGUGACCAGCUAUCUUUAGGUGUGGUUGCAAUAUUUGGGCCAUCACAUAGUUCAUCUUCAAAUGCUGUGCAGUCCAUCUGCAAUGCGUUGGAAGUGCCACACAUCCAGGUGCGGUGGAAACAUCAUCCCAUGGACAACAGGGACAGCUUUUAUGCCAAUUUAUACCCAGAUUAUUCUUCGCUAAGCUAUGCUAUACUGGACCUGGUGCAGUUUCUCAAAUGGAAAACAGCCACUGUCGUCUACGAUGACAGCACAGGUCUUAUAAGACUACAGGAGCUGAUAAUGGCCCCAUCCAGAUACAACAUUAGGCUAAAGAUCCGUCAGCUUCCUCUUGACACACAGGAUACGAGACCACUUCUCAAAGAAAUGAAGAGAAGCCGGGAGUUUCGGAUAAUCUUUGACUGCAGUCACCACAUGGCCGCACAGAUUCUCAAACAGGCCCAGACCAUGGGGAUGAUGACAGAGUAUUACCACUAUAUCUUCACCACUCUGGACCUGAUGGCCAUUGACCUGGAGCCAUAUCGCUUCUGUGGUGUCAACAUGACCGGCUUCCGCAUCCUUAAUGUGGAUAAUCCCCAGGUCGCAUCCAUUGUGGAGAAAUGGUCGAUGGAAAGGCAGAUGCCCCCUAAACCUGACUCAGGCCUCCUGGAGGGCAUCAUGACGACAGAUGCGGCUCUGACCUAUGACGCAGUCCACAUUGUGUCCGUCUCAUACCAGCACGCCCCACAGAUGACGGUAAACUCGCUGCAGUGCCACCGCCACAAACCCUGGAGAUUCGGAGGGCGCUUCAUGAGUUUUAUCAAAGAGUCCCACUGGGAUGGUUUGACGGGGAGACUGUCAUUCAACAAGACAAGUGGUCUACGUACAGACUUCGACCUGGACAUCGUCAGUCUAAAGGAGGACGGACUUGAAAAGGUGGGGAAGUGGAGUGUGUCGGGAGGUCUUAACAUCACAGAGGUGCCGAAGCGAAAAGGGAUGAACAUCACUGAUUCCCUGGCUAACCGCUCCCUCGUCAUCACAACUAUUCUGGAUGAGCCAUACGUCAUGCUUAAGAAGUCUGACAAGGCGCUGGAUGGGAACGACCGUUUUGAAGGAUUCUGCAUCGACUUGCUCAAAGAGCUGGCCAAUGUCCUGGGCUUCACGUAUGAGAUCCGCCUGGUGCCUGAUGGGAGAUAUGGCUCUCAGGACGACAAGGGCCAGUGGAACGGCAUGAUCAGGGAACUUAUAGAGCAUAGAGCAGACUUGGCAGUGGCUCCUCUCACCAUCACCUACAUGCGUGAAAAGGUCAUCGACUUCUCAAAGCCCUUCAUGAGCAUGGGAAUAAGCAUUGUGUAUCGCAAACCCAAUGCCACCAACAACGGCUUCUUCUCCUUCCUGAACCCCAUGACUCCUGACAUCUGGGUCUACAUCCUCUUGGCCUACCUGGGUGUUAGCUGUGUCCUUUUUGUAACUGCCAGGUUCAGCCCGUAUGAAUGGUACGACGCUCAUCCUUGUAACCCCGGAUCAGAUGUGGUGGAGAACAACUUUACCCUCCUCAACAGCUUCUGGUUUGGAGUUGGUUCCUUAAUGCAACAAGGCUCAGAACUGAUGCCCAAAGCCCUAUCGACCAGGAUCAUCGGUGGGAUCUGGUGGUUCUUCACACUCAUCAUCAUAUCAUCCUAUACGGCUAAUUUAGCAGCUUUUCUCACUGUGGAGAGAAUGGACUCGCCUGUGGACUCAGCCGAUGACAUCGCUAAGCAGACCAAGAUUGAGUAUGGUGUGGUCAAAGAUGGCGCAACCAUGUCUUUCUUCAAGAAAUCUAAGGUUUCUACUUUUGAGAAGAUGUGGGCCUUUAUGAGCAGCAAGCCGAGCACAUCACUGGUAAAGUCUAUUGAGGAUGGGAUUCAGAGGGUGCUGAAGUCAGACUAUGCCCUCAUUAUGGAGUCCACAACUAUCGAUUACAUUACUAGGAGGAACUGUAACCUUACACAGGUGGGAGGGAUCAUCGACAGCAAAGGCUAUGGCAUCGGCACUCCCCUCGGCUCCCCUUACAGAGACAAAAUCACCAUAGCAAUCCUAAGCAUCUUGGAGGAUGGGCGCCUACACAUGCUGAAGGAGAAGUGGUGGAGUGGGAGCAGCUGCUUGGAUGAAGAGCGUCAUGAGACGGGCCCCAUGGGUAUUCAAAACCUGGGUGGUAUAUUCAUUGUGCUGGCAUCUGGCCUAGUGCUGUCUGUUUUUGUGGCGAUUGCUGAAUUCAUCUACAAGCUAAGGAAGACUGCCGAUCGUGAGCAGAGGUCUUUGUGCAGUGCCAUGGUGGACGAGAUCAGACUGUCGUUCACCUGCGAGAGGCGGGUGAAACACAAGCAUCAGCCUCCAGCCAUGGUGAAGACGGAUGCAGUGAUCAACAUGCACGCUUACAACGACCGACGACUCCCAGGAAAGGACAACUUGAGCUGCAGCACUGGGAUGACUCCCGUGUUCCCAUGACAAUGUGCUCCCCACAGGGCAAGAACCUCCUGAGCAACGUGUCAGGGGCCAUGCCAGAGACUAGAGACAAUGGCAUAGAUGGGAUCACCAGAUUCACCAUUAACCACAGUGACAUGGGGACACUAACAAAACAUGGGCAUCUCAAAAUGGCAGCAUCAGCCACACAGGUAUGACAACAUUCACCACUGUAUUCCAAAUCACAAGAGGUUAAAGUAAUAAUUGGGGGAGGUUCUGGGAAAACAGUAUACCCAAAUAAUCAGUUUCAAGUCUGAUGUUUACGUGCCCAGCACAAAAACACAAGAAAAUACACAUUGUUUAAGGAAUGCUCAAAUCAGUGAAAAGACUGAGAAUUUUAUUGAAAAUAUGGACUGAAGAAGAAGAAAGGCUUUGUUAAAAAUGGCAAUAAAUGACAGAUAUACAUAGAGGACAAGGAAGAGCAGUUUUCAUUGGAGAUCAGUUUUGCUACACAUUAAUAUGAUAUCAAGUUCUCACCUUUAUCCUGCUAAUUUAUACAAACUCCCGAAUGGCCUUUGAAGGCAGAAAAUAACGUUACCUCAAACAUGUUGUCAAGACAAAAAUUGUAAUCUUUGAGUCAUAAGCUGAAGGAUAUGAGACAGGAUCUUUUGAAAGCAUGGUUCACAGGUACACAUGUGAUAACCUGUAAGAAAACUCUUUUAGUAUCUGCAGUAUUGUUGUUGUUGGAAACCCAUAGAGACACAACUGUUCAGCAGUAAAUAUAUGUUUGUUAAAGUUGUCAUGUGAACUUAACUAUAUUGUUACACACAAGCAAAUACUCACUGAUGGAGAGAUUGAUUUGAGCAAAAGUACAUUUUAUGUCAAAAUGAUUUUGUACAUGAUUGUAUUUUAAUCAGUUUAAUAUUGAUUGCCAAAGAUCUGACCAUUCAACAGAACUAGAUACAGUACAGUAUAGGCUAGUUCCUUCUCAUUUUUUUCUUUUUAGAGAGCAGUAAUCUUGCGUUCAAUGCAAAGUAAAUUGAAGUGGUUUAAAUGGGACUAUUAAGGGAUCUUGCUAUAACAGUUUUUCCAACCAUGCAGGGUAAUAUUUUUCCAAAGUAAAUUGCAAUUGGCACAGUAGUGGCACUGUAUUUGCUGGUUUUGCAAACCAAUUCACCUUAAAGUACAGUAUUGCUAUUAACACUGUAAUGUAAAACAAUCAUUGCAUAAGAAUCAUAAAAAAAAUCAUUUACUGAUAGAACGUCUUUCUUAAAACAUAACCUUGGUCCUGUGUAAUUUGCAAAAUGAUAAAUCACGAAAAUAUUGAGCUAUUACAUGAACCAAUUUCAAAGGUUUGUGCUCACCUUUGAUACAAAUGGUAGCAUGUCUGCACAUAUAUGUACAUACAAAAACAUAUACAACAUGUAUGUGCAGACUGGGUUGGAAGGCAUUGGAUCAGAUAUUUCUGUAUUUUUGUUUAAUAACUAAUUGUAAGUCACAGAGAUUUUUUUGAGUGCAUUUAAUUGUGACGUAUCCAUCAAAUUAUGUGCAGGACUUGUGUGGCUACAGGACCAUUGAAUGUCCAAAAUACUUCUAAACACAUUUUUGAACAGUUCAUUUUUCAGGUGUGAUCUAGAGGCUUUUUGGCAGGAAACUUUUUGUUUUGCAUUAUGGGCAUUCGGAAUACUGAGCGUGGUUUUGAUUUUAAAUGUUAACACACUUUUGAAGGUUAUCUCAGACUUGAAAGUCUUCUGUUUUUCUGAUUAAUUACCUGAUGUGGACAGAAUAAAUUCAUAGGUGUAGUGUAUGAACAUGCGGAAAGAUAAUGUGGUGAAAAGACAAAAGACAGAUGAUUAUUUUGUGUGGUCAUGUUGACUUUAAUGCCUAUUGAGUAAAUGUACUGUACAUCUUCAGCAAAUGUCAUGAUGUAGGAAGAUUCGAGGAGUCUGUGAGCUGCUGUCACCCGGGAGCCGAGCGAACAGCAAACCUCUGUGAGGUUUACGUUGUCGAUACAUCAAGACUAAAAAAACGUAACUAUAUGAUUCAAGAAAACUCCAACCUGUAAAACUUAGCCUUGGUUUGGUAGAGAUUCACUGUAUAAUUGUCUAUGGAUUCCCUUCUGCAAAGUAGAGUAUGUAGAUAAGAUCCGCAGGA